AUGUCGAAUAAAGUACAUACUGAAGUAAUUAUUGAUGCUAGCAAAUUACCUUCUACAACAAAUUUUGAAACAUCCAAACAUUUACUUGAUUAUAAAAAAUUUAUUGAUUCAAAAAGUUUGUAUUAUUCUGGUCCAUUAAAUAAUGCAAAAGUUAAAAGUAUACAACCGAAAGUUGCUUAUCAAUGUAAAAUGAACAUCUUAAUGGAAGAACGAGAAUUGAUCUGGUCAAAAAAACCAAGUAAAAAACGACAAAAUCAUUGCAUACAACCCAUAUUUGAUAUCUGGUCAGACUAUCAAUUUCAAUUACCACUUUUAUCCGAUAAAAAACCCGAACAAAAACGAUCUUUAACUGAACAUGAUUAUACAACAAAUUGUGAAGCAUGUCAAGGACAAGGAUCUAUCAAUUGUACUAAUCAUCGUUGUAUAAAUGGUUCAGAAAAAUGUCUCUCAUGUACUCAAGGACGUAAAUCAGAUGGAACACAAUGUCCUUCUUGUAAAAAUGGAUUAGUUAAUUGUAAAACAUGUAAUGGUAAAGGUCGAUUACAAUGUACGAAAUGUGAAGGAUGUGGUGCAUUUUAUAAUUCUGCCGUAUUACAUGUUUCAUGGGAAACACGUACAUCAACAUGGUAUUAUCAAAAUUCAUUUUUACCUGAAGAAAAAAUAGCACAAGCUGAUAAAAUAUCUUUAUGGUCAAAAUCAGAAACACCGUGGACAAAAGAAUCAACUAUAGAAGAUUUUGUACAUACAAUUAAUGAUCAAAAUUCUAAUGUUCCAUUAAAAGCUAAUGUUAUUAAAGAUUAUAAAGAAAAACAUUUAAAUGAAACAAUAAAAUUAAAGAAUAAAAUGCGUCGAUUAAUUUGUGAUAUCGAACGUUUAGAUUUUGAAGAAAUUGAAUAUAUACUUGAAUCAAAAUAUUUAAAUAAACAUGAUCCUUCAAAAGGAAAUAAAUUUCGUUUUUGUCAAUAUAAAGAUGCACAAGGACAUGAUAUAAUAUAUGAAAAUGAUUAUCCAUUGAAUAGUUGCGGAUGUAUGGGAGGAUGUUGUGCAUGUUAUAACUGUUCUUGUACUAUUUUAUAA